AUGGCCGCAGAUGACAAACGCUCUCCAACCUUGGACUCCACCAGUGAUCUACCUCACUCUCCUAGUAGUCCUUCUCAUCUCACUCACUUCAAACCUCUGACUCCUGACCAGGAUGAGCCUCCUUUUAAAUCAGCCUACAGUUCCUUUGUAAACCUCUUCCGCUUCAGCAAAGAGAGAGCAGAGCCAGGACAGAGUGAUCCACAAGCAUUGAGUGGUGGCUGGUCCAGUCCUCAGCAUCCCACCAGGGCUCAGUCUCUGAGGUCACCAAUUCCUUACAAAAAACAACUGACUGGUGAGCUGCAAAGAAGAUCAUCUACAGCCCUGGACAAUCGAAGGAAAGUAGAACCAACUCUUGGAGGUCAUGAUCCUCGAACAGCAGUUCAGCUGAGAAGCCUCAGCACUGUUUUAAAACGCCUCAAAGAAAUCAUGGAGGGGAAGAGCCAGGACAGUGACUUGAAGCAGUACUGGAUGCCUGACAGCCAGUGCAAAGAAUGCUAUGACUGCAGUGAGAAGUUCACCACCUUCCGGCGGAGGCACCACUGUCGACUUUGUGGGCAGAUCUUCUGCAGUCGAUGCUGCAAUCAGGAAAUCCCUGGAAAAUUCAUGGGCUACACAGGGGAUCUACGAGCCUGCACUUACUGCCGUAAAAUAGCCUUAAGCUAUGCACACUCCACAGACAGUAACUCCAUUGGAGAAGACUUAAAUGCUCUGUCAGAUUCUGCGUGUUCUGUGUCUGUGCUGGAUCCUGGUGAGCCACGCACACCCGUUGGGAGCCGCAAAGCUAGCCGCAACAUCUUUCUGGAGGAGGAUCUAACCUGGCAAAGUUUGAUUCACCCAGACUCUUCAACUAGCACAUUGUCUGCAUGCCUUGGGUCUGUCCAGGAGGAUGCAGGGAAGUCACCAGCUAGAAACAGAUCAGCCAGCAUCACUAACCUGUCGCUGGAUCGCUCGGGUUCACCGAUGGUGCCUGCCUACGAGACAUCCGUCAGCCCCCAGGCCAGUCGCACACACGCCAAGGCAGAGACCAGCGAGGACGAGCGCAAAAUCCUUCUGGACUCAGUCCAGCUGAAAGAUCUGUGGAAGAAAAUCUGCCAUCACAACAGUGGGAUGGAGUUUCAAGACCAUCGCUACUGGCUACGGACACAUCCCAACUGCAUUGUGGGAAAAGAGCUGGUCAACUGGCUCAUCAGAAAUGGGCAUAUAACCACAAGGGUCCAAGCCAUUGCAAUAGGACAAGCAUUGGUUGAUGGACGUUGGCUAGAAUGUGUCAGUCAUCAUGAUCAGCUCUUCAGAGAUGAAUAUGCUCUCUACAGACCAUUACAGAGCACAGAGUUCUCAGAAACCCCAUCUCCAGACAGUGACUCUGUGAACUCUGUAGAGGGGCACUCUGAGCCAUCCUGGUUCAAAGACAUCAAGUUUGAUGACAGUGACACAGAGCAGAUUGCUGAUGAAGGAGAAGAUAACUUAGCCAACUCCGCCAGCCCUAGCAAGCGCACUUCAGUCAGCAGCUUCCAGUCCGCAAUGGACAGUGAUUCGGCCGCCUCCAUCAGCCUGAACGUGGAGCUGGACAACGUGAACUUCCAUAUCAAGAAGCACUCCAAGUACCCACAUGUGCCCCCUCACCCUGCCGACCAAAAAGAGUACUUGAAUCCCGAGAACGGCGGGCAGCAGAUGUUCUCUAUCAGUGACGCUUUUAUUAAAGAGUCAUUAUUCAACAGGAGGGUGGAAGAGAAGUCCAAAGAACUCUUUUUCACGCCCCUAGGCUGGCACCACAGCAAUCUGGAUCUGCUGAGAGAAGAGAAUGGGGAGAAACAAGCCAUGGAAAGGCUGCUGUCUGCUAAUCAUAACCACAUGAUGGCACUGCUUCAGCAGCUUCUAUACAAUGAAUCCCUGUCACUGUCCUGGAGGGAUAUCAUUGUACCUGUGGUCUGCCAGGUGGUUCAAACAGUACGCCCUGAUGUGAAGAACAGAGACGAUGACAUGGACAUCCGCCAGUUUGUCCACAUCAAAAAAAUCCCUGGUGGAAAGAAAUUUGACUCCAUGGUGGUGAAUGGAUUUGUUUGCACUAAGAAUGUUGCACACAAAAAGAUGAACUCUUGCUUAAAAAAUCCCAAAAUUCUUCUGCUGAAGUGCUCAAUUGAGUACCUCUAUCGAGAAGAAACAAAGUUUACCUGCAUAGACCCUAUAGUACUUCAGGAAAGGGAGUUCCUGAAGAACUAUGUGCAGCGGAUAGUUGAUGUCAGGCCUAACUUGGUCCUUGUUGAGAAGACUGUGUCCCGAAUUGCCCAGGACAUGCUUUUAGAGCAUGGGAUCACUCUGGUCAUCAAUGUCAAGCCGCAAGUGUUAGAUCGGGUAAGUCGAAUGACCCAGGGAGACUUAGUGGUGUCAAUGGAUCAACUCUUGACCAAACCACGUUUGGGAACAUGUCAUAAAUUUUAUAUGCAAGUUUUUCAGUUGCCUAAUGAUCAGACAAAAACCUUGAUGUUCUUUGAAGGGUGUCCCCAGCACCUGGGUUGCACUAUCAAGCUGUGUGGUGCUGCAGAGUAUGAGCUGGCUCGUGUCAAGGAGAUCCUGAUCUUCAUGGUCUGUGUGGCUUAUCAUUCCCAGCUGGAAAUCUCAUUUCUUAUGGAUGAGUUUGCCAUGCCCCCUACUCUCACCAAAAACACCUCCUUUCAUUCCCUUAUUGAGGAGCCAGGAGAUGAAGGUGACCAACAGAACCUUUUCAAUGGUGAGGAUUUCAGCACAGCAGUCAGAGACAUUGAACUGUCUUCUGAAAAGCUGCCUGUCAUCUCUGAGUCAGUGCCCUCUGAUGAGGUCAGCUCGCUUGAACCAAGAGGCUUGUUUGAGAGAGGUGACCAAGAGAACAGUCAAAUGGAAACAGUGUCCUCAAAACAGCAGGAGCACCACAAAGUGGAGUCACCAUUUGCAGUGUUCAAUUCUGUACCUCAUGCAAUACCUGAAACAUCCCUGCUGCCCCUCCAUGGCAUGGACCAGCACUUGGUCACUCUGGAUAACCAGACACUAGAGCCUCUUCAACAGACUGAUGAUUUGCAGGAGUCCAAGAGUCAGAUGAGAGUCUUCAGAGACCCUCUCCAGGAUGAUACUGGUUUAUAUGUCACAGAAGAGGUAACUUCUUCUGAGGAUCGUCUCAAGACGUACUCUGCAGCAUUUAAGCAGGAGUUGAAAGAUGUUAUUCUCUGUAUUUCUCCUGUAUUGAUGUUCCGUGAACCAUUUCUUUUGACAGAAAAAGGCAUGAGAUGCCCUGCCAGGGAAUACUUUCCUGAGCAAGUUUAUUGGUCUCCUCUCCUCAAUAAGGAAUACAGGGAGUUGGAGAGCAGAAGGAAGAGACAAUUAUUGCGGGAUCUCUCUGGACUGCAAGGGAUGAAUGGGAGUAUCCAAGCUAAGGCUAUUCAAAUCUUACCUUCUCACGAAUUGGUUAAUACUAGAAUAGCAGAACAUCUAAGUGACAGCCAGAGCUUAGCCAGAAUGCUGGCUGACUAUCGGGCCAGAGGAGGGAGGAUACUACAGAAAAGCACAGAUCCCUUUGCCCAAAUUAAGGAUGUGUCUAGUGUCCCUACUGCAAAACCUGGGUGCAGAAUUGAAGAGGAUGAGAAGGGACUGGCUCAGAGUGAAUCCUCGUGGUCUCAUAAGGUGGAUUGCUUGAGUCCAGUAAACCAUCAGAGGCUCUGUGUUCUCUUCAGUAGCUCUUCCUCUCAGUCCAGCAAUGCUCCAAGUGCCUGUGUUAGCCCCUGGAUUGUGACCAUGGAGUUCUAUGGGAAAAAUGACCUGACUCUAGGGAUUUUUCUGGAGCGCUACUGUUUCAGGUGA